GUAAUGUUCAUUGUAGCUAGAUUAUAUUAUAAGUAGUGAAGUUUUAGAAUCCAGACUUACUUAACUUUCUUGCACUAAAAACAUUCCCGAGAAAGUGAGAGAAAAUGGAGUUCAAUGAGCAUGGUUUCCUGGAGGAGCUACUGGCUCUAAGAAGGGAGAGCUGGGAUACUAACAUUCCAACACAAAUGAAUGAGCUCUUCUCUUCUGACUUCAAUCUCAACAACUUUGAAGAAAACCCAGAUGUGAUUUUUGCUAAUUCUUUCUGUGAAGGAUUCUCAGCUCCAAUAGACCAUCAUCAAUACUCCAACUUCAACAAUGAAGUUUAUGAAUUCUCUGCACCACAGUUCACUGAAUCAUCGUACAAUACGGCGCCGUUUCCUGUUCAAGAAGAGUACAGUUUGUCAAUGUUGGAGGAUGAAGGUCUGUUUGGGGAUGAUAUACAGAAUAUGCAGGAGGAGUUGUGUAAGUUGGAGCCAGUUCAGUCCCCUGAAGUACCAGAAAAUUUCAAAUUUAGUUCUUUUAGUGAAAGAAAAGUUAGAGGUAAGAAGCUGGAAGGGCAGCCAUCAAAGAAUUUAAUGGCUGAGAGAAGGAGAAGAAAGAGAUUGAACGAUCGCCUUUCAAUGCUAAGAUCCAUUGUUCCAAAGAUUAGCAAGAUGGACAGAACAGCAAUACUUGCAGACACCAUUGAUUACACUAAGGAGCUUCUUGAUAGGAUCACCAAGUUGCAGCAGGAAAUCGAAUCGGGUGGUUCGGACCAGGGGAAGAUGGUGGACAUGUUUAAGGAUAUACAUUCAAAUGAAAAUGUUGUAAGGAAUUCUCCCAAGUUUAAAGUGGAAAGAAGAAACAGAGAUACCCAGAUUGAGAUAUGCUGUGCAGGGAAGCCAGGAUUGCUUCUGUCCUCUGUGACUACACUAGAAGCAUUAGGGCUUGAGAUUGAACAGUGUGUCAUAAGCUGUUUCAACGACUUUGCAAUGCAAGCUUCCUGUGCAGAGGAUUUGGACCAGAAAUCAGAUUUGAGUCCUGAUGACAUAAAACAAGCAUUGUUCAGAAAUGCAGGAUAUGGAGGAAGAUGUCUUUAGACAUGAAAGUGACAGCAACAGAGGAUCCCCAAUGUCUUUAGUUGCAUUAGUGUACGAAAAGAAAGAGUAAUAAGAAGGGAAAAUGACACAGCUUCGGCAGAUCGCUUAGCCCCGUUCAUCUCCGGCACGUAAGAGGGAUUUAUCCACUCAUCUCAAACGCCCUACAAGAUAUUUUUAUUUUUUGGGCUGGGUUUUUUUUUUCUUUCUAAAUAAUUGAUAUAUGUGAUGGGAUUGGUCUUGUUGGAAUGUUUUUUUGGGAUUCACUGAGACAUGCCUCAUCAGCAGAUGCAAAAAAAAUUUGUUUUUGGUAAUCCUGUCUUGAGUAGUUCUUUGAUUACUUUAAGGAUUUGAAACAACUUUUUCACCAA